AUGAAUGCCAUUGUGUUCCGCUGGUCCAGUCAUCUCAGGAACCAAUACAAGCCAUCUGGACUCAACAGUAUUCGGAUCUACUCACCUGCGACGAGAUUGGUGAGCAGCAUGUCGCAGCCUGUGCGACCGCGGCGGUUCGCACCGUUGGAUCCCGCAAAAAGGAUGGAUGGAGAUGAGAGGCCAUUAUUGAAGGGAAUCGUCUUUGAUGUCGAUGGCACAUUAUGCUUACCACAAAACUACAUGUUCGCGGAGAUGCGGUCAGCGUUGGGUAUUGAGAAGCCAACGGACAUUCUGGACCACGUCUACUCACUGCCCGAGAAUGAGCAAGAAGAAGCACAGGAAAAAAUCCGUGACAUUGAACGCACGGCAAUGAAGUCGCAACAGCCGCAAGCUGGCCUUGUGGAGCUCAUGGAGUACCUAGAUUCACGUGGCAUCAAGAAGGGCAUCUGCACACGCAACUUCGAUGCACCUGUCACUCAUCUCCUUACCACCUUUCUACCGACAUCAGAAUUCAGCCCUGUUGUAACGCGGGAGUUCAGGCCCCCAAAGCCUGAUCCGGCGGGAAUCCUGCACAUUGCGAAAGACUGGAUGCACGAAGACGGAGGAAAGAGUUUGAUCAUGGUCGGCGACUCGAUUGACGAUAUGACGGCGGGUUAUCGUGCUGGAGCCGCGACUGUGUUGCUGGUCAACGAUGUCAAUAAGCAUCUUGCUGAGCAUCAGCAUACUGAUCUCGUCGUCAAGCGGCUGGAUGAUCUCAUCAACGUUCUAGAAAAUGGAUUCGAAGGACGCGUAGAGGCCGACGAAGAGAUUGCAGACGCAAAGAAGCAAGUGGAGGAAGCUGUUAUGUCGCUAGCCAGCAUGAGGUAUACCGCCACCUUCACGGGCGUACUGGCUGUCGCUGGUGUCAGCGCGUGGUCAGUAUCCACUCCUUUCCACAUCGAGGGCAACGAGGUGGUUGAACACCUCCAUACUGUGCCCGAGGGAUGGAGAGAGGUCGGUGCUCCAGCCCCUGAGCAUAAGCUGCAUUUCCGCAUUGCAGUGCGAUCGGCCAAUCGCGACCUGUUUGAAAGGACGCUCAUGGAGGUUUCAACUCCUAGCCAUCCUCGAUAUGGUCAGCACCUAAAGCGAGACGAACUGAAAAAUCUCAUCAAACCAAGAGCCGACUCGACUGCGAGUGUGCUUACUUGGCUCGAGCAAUCCGGUAUCGAAGCGCGAGAUAUCGAGAAUAAGGGAGAGUGGAUCAACUUUCUCGCACCUGUGAAGCGCGCCGAGCAGAUGAUGGGUACCACGUUCAAGACCUACCAGAGUCAAGCGCGUCCUGCACUCAAGAGAACUCGCUCAUUGGGGUACUCUGUACCCCUCGAGGUCCGUAGUCAUAUCGAUAUGAUCCAGCCCACUACUCGCUUCGGUGAGAUCCGCCCAGAGUUUAGCCAGGUCCUAACGCAAGACGCCGCUCCUGUCUCGGCACUUGCUGUCAAUGCCACAUGCAACUCGAGGAUCACGCCCGAUUGUCUCGCAGAUUUGUACAACUUCAAGGACUACGAUGUCAGUGACAAGGCCAAUGUGACAAUUGGAGUGAGCGGCUUCCUCGAGCAGUAUGCUCGGUUCAAUGAUCUCGACCUGUUCAUCCAAAGAUUUGCUCCCAGUCUUGCGGGUAAAACUUUCGAAGUCCAGUCUGUAAAUGACGGACCGUUCCCUCAGAACUCAACGGCCAACAGCGUGGAGGCUAAUCUCGACAUACAGUACACAGCAGGUUUGGUGUCGCCCAAGAUUUCGACCACCUUCUUCACUGUUCCAGGACGAGGACUUUUGAUCCCUGACCUUGAUCAACCUGAUGAAGAUGAAAACAGCAAUGAGCCCUAUCUAGAUCUCUUCACCUAUCUCGUUGAGCUUGAGGAUGAGGAGUUGCCUCAGGUACUAACGACAUCGUACGGUGAGACAGAGCAGAGCGUUCCUGCGGAGUACGCCAAGAAGGUUUGUGAUUUGAUCGGCCAGCUUGGUACUCGUGGUGUCUCAGUUAUCUUCUCCAGCGGUGACACUGGUCCAGGAUCUGCCUGCCAGAGCAAUGACGGCAAGAACGCUACCCGUCUCCAGCCAAUCUUCCCAGCUUCAUGUCCUUACGUUACUUCGGUUGGUGGUACUUUCGGAGUGGAACCAGAACGUGCUGUUGAGUUCUCUUCCGGUGGCUUCUCUGAUCUCUGGCCACGCCCGUCGUACCAAGAGAAGGCAGUUUCUGACUAUCUUGGUAAACUGGGCUCGCAAUGGGAAGGUCUAUACAACACCAACGGACGAGGCUUCCCAGAUGUCGCAGCUCAAGGUCAAGGAUUCCAGGUUAUUGAUAAGCUUCGUCUGUCGUCUGUUGGAGGAACCAGCGCUUCAGCGCCUGUCUUCGCUUCAGUCAUUGGACUUCUGAACAACGCUCGUUUAGCAGCUGGUAUGCCUUCGUUGGGCUUUUUGAACCCUUGGAUCUACGAGCAAGGCUACAAGGGCAUGAACGAUAUUGUCGAGGGAGGCUCGCGUGGAUGCACUGGUCGUUCCAUUUAUUCCGGGCUUCCCACGCGACUUGUGCCUUACGCUUCCUGGAAUGCGACCGAAGGCUGGGAUCCUGUCACCGGCUACGGUACGCCCGACUUUGAGCAGAUGCUUCGCCUGGCAACUGCGCCACAAUAUGGU